ACCAUACACACUGAAAACACACAGAGUUCUGGAUCGAACUUCAUCUUGCAUGGCGAAUUCUUCCGUUUCUGCUGCAUUCAUGGAGUCACAAUGCGUAAUUCAACCUCGCAGGCUCAAAGAUUUUCUGCAAGACCAAAACCUACCGUUCCCUCGGCCACGAAAAUCCACUAUCUCCGUCUUCAUCCACGCCGCCGUAUCCUCCGUCAAAUCCUCCUCCAUUUUGCGCCGUAGCAUUUCCCGCCGUUUCUCAAAAUCUACACGGAGCAACAAAAACGGGUCAUCAGGAGGUUUGCCGGAGGCUACGAUGGCGAGAUCGACUUCUGUGACGGUGAAGGAUAUAUUACGGUGGAAAUCGUUCCGUGAUUUGGCGGAUCUGGAGGAGAAUAACGUUCCUCGGCCGUCGGAUUUCACGGUUGAGUCUCCUUCUCGAUGUACUGCUACCACGACCGCCACCACAACAACAUCGGCCGGAACGCCGAGGAGUAGCUGGUGCGAUAGUGAUUUUACAGUCGGUGAUUCACCGGUAUGGUGCCGUGGAUUUUCCGGCGAUAUUGAGGUCGCCGAUAAGAAGAAUUUCCACAUCAAUGUAGCCAGCGGCGAUAGAAUCCGCCAGAACACCAGAGAUCCAAAGGAUCACAUCGUACGCGAAGAAGAAGAGGAACAAUUUAGCCCAAUUUCAGUCCUUGAUUUUGCACAAGAACAUGAAGAAACCUUCUCUUCCUUCCAUCAAAUCCUCGCGAACAUGGACAGACGAAAUUUCAUGCUCAAACAACAAAUUCAAGAGUUUGAGAAUCUCAUUGUGGCUGAAGAUCAUAGUUUAGUGAACAAAAACAUCGAAUUAGAUGACGUUGAAUCGUUCAUAGUCGAAGAAAAAGCGAUCGAACUAAUGAAUCAGGUCAAAACCACAACCUCAAUCGAAGAAUCCAACUCAAACAUGGAUUAUUUGUUACUAGACUUCUUUAGGGAUGAAUUAUUUACCAAAAAGGGAUUAGAAACCGAUAGUGAAUUCGAAUCAAGGGUUUUGCGGGUGGCAAAAUCUUGGAUUAGAGGUGAAUCCGAUGAAUCUUUGGAGUGGGAAAUAGAGGGUACGAGAGAAAUGUGUGUUCGAGAAAUCGAAAAGAUCAUAAACUUGAAAGAUUUCAAAGAGGAUAAACAAGAAAUUGGCAUCGAGAUCGCGUCAAUGGUGUUUGAUCAUUUGUUAGAUGAGUUAUCAUCGGAUCUCGUUAACAUUUAGAACUCAGAAAGAAAAAGGCGAUAAAGUUUUAGAUCGCUCCCUUGACGUUGUGUUGGACGAUCAAUACUUGAUUUGAAUCCGCAACAUCGAUGAGAAGGAAUAUCGAACGGUUAAAGAUAGGUCGGAUUUAUCUUAGCGAACAUACGAUCGUAAUAUAUAGUUUAGUAUGCGUCAUUUAUUUUUGACGUUAAGGUAAAAUAUUGUAAAUUACAAUAAGUUUUCGCGGUUCUUUCAUAUUUAAUGUAUGUUUACAAUAAUAAUGAAAUGCUACAAUAAUUGUC